GGAAGGGCCAGGAGGAGGCUGGCAUCGGGAGCUGCUGGCACAAAGGCUGAGGGAACCUCCCGGCCUCCUCCCGCUGCUGGCGGCGCCCCGCUGGUUUUUAGUCAGCUCUUUAAUUUAUCCCUGUGCUUCACACAUCUCACCUCGUUAACUGGCGGGAAAUAUUUGUCAUCUCCCUUUUCCCAAACUUUUCAGAAGAGACACCUCAUUGCAGAGCUAUUAAACCACUGAAAGAAAAUGGCAGAAAGCUGUGGGCAGGAGCAGACAAGGUGGAUAACGACGGUGAUUAUGAGCACAGCUCUGCAGGAUCAUGAAAUUUCUACAGUUCUGCAGAGGCAACAACACCGAGUUCGAUAUUCAGAGUCAGUGGAAACUGGAUCUGUGAUUUUUCCUCUUUCUGGCAUUGCAUUUAUUCUGUCAGACACUCAAGACUUGCUCAGGACAGGGGAAGAAGAGUUUUCCACAAGAAUUCAGAAGUUCAUAAACAUCCAUCGGAACAGCUUUUUGGUUUUGUCAGCUGCUCUUCAUGGACCAGAAGAAUGGAGUGUCAUGUUCAGGAUUCAGAGAAGAUUCCUGGGCAGCAAUUUACGUGUAAUACCAGUUCAUAAUCCUGCUGAAACUGUUAAAUUAAUGCUAACUAUGGCUAAGGUAACUUCCAAGCCACAAGCAGAUGAUACUCGUUGCAAAAUAGAAAUGACAAAAGCCCAAAUAAUAGAAAAAAGUCCAGUUUGGAAGAUGCUUCAGGAGUACCAAUCACACUGUAAUUAACUUAAUAUUUGGUUUUUUAUUCAUAAAUAGAG